UUUGAUUGUCGGGAGGUUAAUCGAUUAGUGGACGAUGCACGUUAAUGGAGAGCCCAUGUAUGUAAGCGCCCAGCGGGAGCCAAAGGAGCCGCUAUAUAUCACCAUCCUAGAUGGCCGGGUGCAACCAACUCUGGCCUUGGACGAGCUCUCUUUCAAUGGAGGUCAAGACAGUUGGGGAGUUGGAAAUGGCUCCGAGAGUGCCCAGCCCGGCAAUUGCUUGCAGAGGGGGUCCCCUGCUUCAAGUAGACGCAGUGCUAGCACCAGCACCACCUGCAGUGGCCCUGUAGACGAGCCCGAAGAUCAUGGGCAAAUAGGUGGCCUCCCUUCAACUCCCGUCAGGCUUAUAUGGUGCGAAGGAAACCCAGACAAGCGCAAGGAGCAGAUGCAGGCCUGUGCUUCACAGCUGAGUCUUUCUCCUAGACACUUUGGGUCGCCGUCAAGCUUCACGCGCUGGUACUUUGAGCAGACCGGACCCGGGCAGGUAGCAAAGCUAGGGCCCGUGCUAGUCGUUGGCUGGCGCGAGGCGAAACCAUGCGGUGCUGCUAUCAAGGCAGCAUUGACUGGCAACAUGGAAGGCUUGCGGAACGACUGCAAGCGUCCCCAGCUCUCACAGCAAGUGCGCGCAGUGCGGGUCAUGAUCAUUCUGGCCGAUAGCUCCACGCAAGGGAGAAAGGUCCGUGAUUGGAUCAAAUCUGAAGACUUCUUGAGCAAGAUCAUGCAGUUUCGAGUGAUUGUUGAUGUUGACAAUCUUGGCAGUGUGCUUCGAGAAUUUCUCUGAAUUGAAAGUUCAAGACUUGAAAACAUGCAACUGUUGCUGCAAAUCCGCGGAUGCUGCCUGCCUCACUGGACUUAGACUUGCUUUUUUUUGAGGCUUCCUUUUG